AUGUCAUCAUCUCAAACACCAAGACAUAAGCUCCGCAAAAGGAAACGUGUACAAGCUAACGAUCUUGGCGUUAAUAAUAAUCAUGAUGAAAAUGGUAAUGCCUUAACUGUUCAUCCUAAUGUCACAGCGAAUGAAUCAACACCACCACCAGAUAUAGCAACAACAACGAUGGUAACAAUGUCGUCGUCAUCUCAAACACAAAGAUACAAUCUUCGCAAAAGGAAACGUGUGGACUCAUCAUCGUCAUCACAAGCACAAGCACAAACAUAUGAUUUUCGAAAAAGGGAAUAUGUGAGCUAUAAUUGUGGUCGU